UCACAUUGAUCAAACAACAACAUGGCAAGAUCCACGGAAGGCCAUGCUUUCCCAGAUGAAUGUUACAGCUCCCACCAGUCCUUCUGUGCAGCAGAACAUCAUGAACUCGGCAUCAGGCCCACUCCCCGAUGGAUGGGAACAAGCUAUGACCCAGGAUGGAGAAAUUUACUACAUAAACCAUAAGAACAAGACCACAUCUUGGCUAGACCCAAGGCUUGACCCACGCUUUGCCAUGAAUCAGCGGAUCAGCCAAAGUGCUCCGGUGAAACAGCCACCUCCUCUGGCUCCACAGAGUCCCCAGGGAGGUGUGAUGGGUGGGAGUAGCUCCAACCAGCAACAACAGAUGAGACUUCAGCAGCUGCAGAUGGAGAAGGAAAGGCUGAGACUGAAGCAUCAAGAACUGCUUCGGCAGGCAUUGCGGAAUAUCAAUCCCAGCACAGCAAAUUCUCCAAAACAUCAG